UUGUAGUUUAUAUUACAUGCAAGGUGAAUGGAACCAAUCGAAUGAUCCCACAUUUCUAACAUAUACGCAUGCGCAUGGGAUCCACGUUCGACUGUAUAUUGUAUAUGUACCACUCUGACAAAGUGUAUAGUUGCUAAGAAGUCUUUAUCCUGUUAAUUCCCAUUCAAUUUUAAAAUUCUUUUUAUUAAUAAUGAAAUCGCUUUUAUUAGUGGGAGUCGUGUUAGCGACCUUUUGUUCAAAUAGUAACGCUGACGAUAAAAAAGGCCCAAAAGUUACAGAUAAGGUAUGGUUUGACAUUAAUAUUGAUGGUAAAUAUGAAGGAAGAAUUGAGAUUGGGCUGUUUGGAAAAACAGUUCCAAAGACUGUCCAGAACUUCAUUGCAUUAGCAAAAAAACCUCAAGGAGAAGGAUAUAAAGGUAGUAAAUUUCAUAGAGUCAUUCGUGAAUUUAUGAUCCAAGGAGGAGAUUUUACAAAAGGAGAUGGAACUGGAGGUCGCAGUAUUUAUGGAGCUCGUUUUGAAGAUGAAAAUUUCAAAUUGAAACAUUAUGGUGCUGGAUGGUUGUCUAUGGCAAAUGCUGGAAAAGAUACCAAUGGAUCACAGUUCUUUAUUACUGUGAAACAAACUCCUUGGCUUGAUGGUAGACAUGUCGUAUUUGGCAAAAUAAUUAAGGGAAUGGACGUAGUAAGAAAAAUUGAAAAUGUAAAUACUGAUACUCGAGAUAGACCAACAAAAGAUGUUGUAAUUGCUGAUUGUGGUGCAGAAGUAGUAGCAGAACCUUUCAGUGUAUCAAAGGAAAGUGCUACUGAUUAAACAUAUUCUUAUUUUUAUGAUGAUGGAAACUAACCAUUUAUGGCUCUUAUGUAUUAAAAGAACAAGCUUAUUUAGUUUAAUAUGUUCAUAAUUUCAUAUACACUAAAAAUUCAUAAAGUGUAAUAUUUACUAAUUUUGUAUAAAAAUCAUUUAGAUAUUGUUUACAUAAUUGCUCAAAAAAUUAUUCACAAACCUUAUUGUAAUAUACUUAUCUAAAAUACAUUUUAACAAUUAUGAUCAAUCAUUAAAAAAAUACGUAAAAUAAGAAUUUGUUCUUAACAAUUUUAAUUGUAGAACAGUUAAGUGAAAUGCAUAUUUAUAAGUAGAAAUUUCUUAAACAAAUAGAGUUGGAAAAUCACAAAAUCGUAUGAAACUAUCUUGUAAUCCAUUAUCUUAUUCCGAUUUUUAUAAAACUAUAUACAUACAUAUGCUAAAAUGCGCAAUAAAUUUUAUAUACUUAUAA